AUGUUACGGAUUGGUACCACACGAAGUGUCCUUUCGGAACGAAAUUCCGAUCCUCCCAAGAAGCGAAUUAACAUCAAUUAUGACGUCCCCAAGACACCUCAGAGAAAGUGUAGAACGUUUUGCACUUACGUCCCGGGAGCAGGAAGAUAUGAGUACUUGGAGGCCUUAGAGAAGCAUGUCAAAUGGUACAUUGGACAAGAAGAGAUAGGGGAACAUGGUAUAGAACAUUUUCAAUUAUUGUUUGGUUUUCAAAACCCUAGAACUCUAUCAGGAGUCAUUCAAUUAUUACAAGACGGGAAAAUCCAGGAAGUUAACGACACAGAAGCUAUGUUAAAAUACUGUACCAAUGAAGAAAAACGAAAUGGAGAAUUAGUAAGUUUUGGAACCGUACCUCAAUUUAAUAAAGAAGUAAAUAAAACAAUUAUUGACGAAGCUUUGGUCAAGGGAAAUUAUGAAGAUGCGAUGCAACAUAUAGAAAAUACUGAUAAGUUAUUUUACAUACAAAAUCAAAAGAAAUUAUGUUUAUAUUUUACUCAAAAGUUCGAUUCCGCAGAUAAAUCAUUAUUCAAAGCAAAUGAUUUCAAUAGAAAAUUGGAAAGUGAUUUUACUAAAGCUAUUGUUCUGAUUGGAGGAACCGGCUUAGGUAAAACCCAGUACGCUUUAGCACACUUUACAAAACCGCUACAUAUAAGAGACAGAGAAGACUGGAUCUUCCAAUUUAAGUUCAUGUAG